AAAAAACUUACGAAAAAUAUAUAAUUAAAUAUUAAAUUUAUAAUAAUUUGUGCUAAAAAAAAAUAAAGGAAGUACCGUUAUAAAAAAAAAAACAAAAAAAAAGAAUCUCAAAGACAAAAGAAUAAAAAAAUAAUAAAAAAGUGAUCUGAACGUACGGAAAGCAACGAGACGACGACGUCAACAGCAACAAACACAUUGAUAUUUUAAAUAUACAUAAAACUAAAGUAAAAUAAAGUUUUGAAGUUAAAUACAACAACAAAUAAAGCUUCUUCGUUUAAUACAAAAAAAAAGUUCGUGUUUACUAAAAAUAUAAUAAAAAAAAUGAAAGUUAAGAUUUCAUGCCAAAUUAUAGCAAAAAUGUUGUUAAUGAAGUAAUGUACAAUUAAAAAUAGUAACAAAGAGGAGUGUUUAGCAUUGAGCGGAUCAACAAAGUCUGUCAAUUGGGACACGACUGCGGAUAAUUUCAACAUAAUAAUAAGGAUUUUCAAUUGAACUUUGUCAAUAAAUUGGAAGCAUCAAAGGAAUAUUUUCGAUCUGAGAUUUUUAUUGCAUCGCCGAGGAAGAUUUGUCGAUUGAACUCGGAGAUAACCUCGACGAAGAAAGUCGAGAAAAGAUAAACAAAAAAGCAACAGAAGAGAAGUAAAAUCAAAUAAAUCGGAUCAAUUGAAUGCUAAAUGUCUGCAAAAAGGAUACAAUUUGUCUGAAAGUGUUUGAAAUAAAAUACAAUAAUCAUCAUCACACACGCACCUAUGCAUCUGUGCAUGACUUAAAUCCAAAAAGUGUUCAACAUUGUGUGCUUUAUAUUUAAAAUUAAACAAGAAUCAUUCGAUUCCGAGUAAUACGAGACACAAACACACCCAAAAUGGGAAACGAAACAUUCAUAAUCCUCGUCGUCGCUGUCAUUGCCGCUUGCAUCAUGACAACAGAAACGUACCCGCAAGCGACAUUCGGCACAAGCAACUCCGGUUUGACGACGAUCGACAUGCCGCUGAUUCCGCGCUUCGUUUGCCCGGAAGGCGAUUACUGCACGUGUGACAACAUGUCGCCCGAAUACGAGAUUCAGUGUCCGCGCAUCGAUCCGCAUGUGCAUCUGAGGAUUUUGCAACCGGCUUACAUCAUGGUUCAGUGCUUCAGUUACAACGAGACGGCCUACGAGGAGAUUCCGCGCAUGAAUUUGGGCGAAAUUCAAAAGUUGCACUUUCAACAAUGUCCGUUGCCGCAAGGAAGAAGUCUUCAUUCGAUCGCCGAGCACUUCAAUGCAUCGCGAAUUCGCACGUUGAUCUUCCAGAUGCCAAGUUACGCGGGAAAUGUGCGGUUACAUCGUGCCCAUUUGAGUGGAUUUCAACAUUUGCAACGCUUAUCCAUCACAGAUAACACGCAAACGGAGCUCCCGAGUGACUUAUUCGACGAUUUGGGCACUCUCAAUUGGCUGCAACUCAAAUCCGGGCGAGAAUAUUUGCCGCAAGACAUUUUUAGCAAACUCCCGAACUUGCAAGUGAUUGAAUUGGCGAUGAAAUUACGCGAAUUCAACCCGAAAAUGUUCGUAAAUCAGAAAAAUAUUCGCACUCUGAACCUCUGGGGCAACAGAUUGUCGAAUUUAUCGAAAGAUUCGUUCGAAAAUUUAGCUUCCGUCGUCGAAAUGGACCUCAGUUCGAACGGAUUGGAAACUUUGAACGUCGGAAUCUUCGAUCCCUUACGAAAUUUGAUGAAUCUCAACCUAAAUGCGAACAAUUUUUCAUCACUGCCCGAAAAUCUCCUCGCCCAAAAUACAGAAAUGCACGAAUUUCGCAUGUUAAAUAAUCGUCAACAGCUCAAAGCUCUGCCAGCUGCCUUGCUUGCGAACAAACCGAAGCUCAAUAAAGUCUUGAUUCGAGCGGAUGUCGAAGAAUUGCCCGAAGAUUUAUUCGCUGGAUCAAAAAAUAUCGUCACAAUUGGGAUGGAUGGCAAUAAAUUGCAAAAAUUACCCCCGAAAUUGCUUCAAGAUCAAAGCGAACUGCAAGAAUUGGAUCUGAAACAUAACCAACUGGUGCAUUUGGAUGAAUAUAUCUUUGCGGGAACUAGAUCGUUGCGCAUCGUGCAUCUCUCGUACAAUCAACUGCUCAAUAUUUCAUCAAACGUCUUUGCUCAUUUGGAGAAUCUCAUGGAGCUCUAUUUGGACCAUAACAACCUUCACACUAUUGGAUCUCAUGCCUUCCAUGAAAACAUCGAAAAGCUCCAUUUGCAAUUCAAUCGACUUACGUUCCGAGAGGAGUUCAAAAUUCGAGAUUACGAGCCCACAGACGACGACGAAUACACCCAAUCGCUCGGAAAACUCAAAAAUUUGCGCGAAUUACGCUUGGAUCACAACCUGAUCGAAACAAUUUUCGGCGAUUGGACCUUAAACAUGCUCUCGUUGGAGGAAUUGGACUUGUCAAACAACCACAUUUCGUAUUUAUCGGCCGAACAUUUGCAAUUUUCACAGAAUUCGUUGAGAGUCAACUUAAGCAACAACCAAAUCGAGAAAAUAGAUUUGCAUCGCAUGACCUUAAUUGCGGAAAAUAACUCGAAACGGAAUCCAACGCAAGUGUUUUUGGGUUCAAAUCCGCUAAAUUGCAAUUGUUUCGCCUUAUCGCUCGUGCAAUUGGUCAAAGACAAUUCUCAAAUUCGGAAUUUCAUCGAUUUCGAAGUCGAUCAGUUGAGAUGUAGUGCGCCUCAGAUGCUGCGAGGACGAAAUGUGAAGGAAAUUUCGCCGUUCGAGCUCGUUUGUAAACUCGACGAUGUGCAUCAAGGCAAGGAAAGGUAUUGCCCGGAGGGUUGCGAUUGUCAAGUACGUCCUGUGGAUCGAACAGCGCUCGUAAAUUGCUCAAAUGCGGGCUUAAAUGACGUUCCUCAGCUAUUUGAACCGUCAAAUAUGAACAUCAGCAUUCAUCAUAUGGAGUUGGAUUUGUCGGGUAACUUCAUCAAUGAACUUCCAGAUGCGUCAAUGGUUCUCGGGUACAACAGCAUCUCGAAAUUACUUCUGGAUCAUAACAACAUUUCGUCUUUGUAUGCGGAAAAUAUCCCGAAAAACGUGAAAUAUUUGACUUUAGACCAUAACAACUUGCAAUGGAUGAACGUUUCGGUCUUGGAUCAGCUGAAUCACACAAAAUCCUUGGAAAAAGUCUUCCUGAGCGAGAAUCCAUGGACUUGUGAUUGUACAACCCUCGAAUUUUUGGUGUUCGUUCAAUCGCAACAUGAAAAAAUUGGCGAUUACGAGAGGAUUUCAUGUUCAAAUGGGAUGCCCGUGUCAAAAAUGGUUGCCGGCGACUUCUGUUCCGAAGAGAAUUUGGCUGUUAUUCUCAUUGCCGUCAUUAUUGCCUUAUUCAGCAUCUUCAUUGCCAUCGCUGCACUCCUUUAUAUCAAGUAUUCGCAAGAGAUCAAGGUCUGGUUGUUCGCCAAAGGAUGGCUUUUGUGGCUCAUUAGCGAAGACGAGAUCGACGAAGACAAAAAAUACGACGCUUUCAUCUCUUUUUCGCAGCACGACGAGGAUCUCGUUGCCGAAUAUUUAGUGCCUGAGCUCGAAAGUGGCGAAUUUCCGUACAAACUGUGCAUCCAUUUCCGUGAUUGGAUCGUCGGAGACGUAAUUGCGGAUCAGGUAACACGUUCCGUGAACGAAUCACGAAAAACCAUCGUCAUCCUGUCACCAAACUUCUUAACUUCCGUAUGGGGCCAAGCUGAAUUCCGUCAAGCGCAUAAUUUGGCAGUGAAAGAAGGACUUUCGCGCGUUAUUAUGAUCCUUUAUGGCGAUAUUGGGCCCGUUGAGAAGCUAGAUCCUGAAUUACAAGCUUAUUUGAAGACAAAUACGUAUCUCACGUGGGGCGAUCAAUGGUUUUGGCGAAAAUUACGAUAUGCUCUGAGACAUCCGAUCAGCAUGAGAGGUCAAAAUAAACACGGAUUGGUUAAAAGUUCGAUGAAAACUUCCGUUGACGACAAGUUGGAGCUGAUUAUUCCGUCGCCUGUGACUCCGACACUUACAACACCGCCCGCCGAAAGUGCAAAUAACUCGCUAAUCACGAAAUUAGCGUCGAAAAAUGCGAAAAAUCACGGAAACGGACAUUUGCCGAACAAUAACAAAUUCAUCAAUGGCGGAUAUAUUCCGAACAACGGCUAUAAUGGCUCAAUUAAUGGGCAUGUAAAUGGUGCUUUCAUUAUCAACACAAACGCAAAACAGAGCGACGUGUAAUAAUUACUGAAUCUCGCGUUUUCUUGUACAAUAUUCGACAGUGAUCGGGGGAAUUCACCUGAAAUGGUCUAAAAACCCACAUUUUCCUUGACUUAUUAAAUCAUGACUUUACGAUAAAAAAUUUUUUAUUAUUAUUUUAUAAAUUAUAUAAGAAAAAGAGCCUUUUUGAAUACUUAGCAUUUAAGUUCGAAUCUCACGAAACGGUGAAUUUAUGUUGACGUUAAAUGAUUAUUGUAACGAAAUUCUACAAUAAAAUGUUAGAAUAGCAAAGAACUAACCUUAGAAUAGGCAAUUAGCGAUGUAAGUUGUAUAAAGAGUGACUAAAUUAUUUGUAAGUAAAUUAAAUAUGUAAAAAAUAUGUUUGUUAAGGAACUUAUGACGACUGCUUUAGACAUAUGUA